AUGUUAACGAGAAGAAAAAGUUCUGAAUUAAUUGAACCAGAGAUUGUUAAAAAGAUCAAAGGAAAUGAUGAGAGCAACUUGAAAGUUUUUAUAAAAAACAAGCAAACCAGAAAAGUCUUAGAAAGUCGAGGCAUUGCAAAUUUAUUUCCAAUCCAAUAAUAAUGUUUUGAAACAAUUUAUAAUGGAGAUGAUAUAAUAGGGUAAGAUAGAACAGGUUCAGGUAAAACUCUUGCAUAUUGCCUCCCAAUUCUUGAAAGAAUAAGAGGAUUAGGAUUAAAAUAAAAUAAAAAUCCUUAUGUAUUAGUAUUAUUACCAACAAGAGAAUUGGCAAUCCAAGUAACUACUGAAUUUAAUUCUAUUUUACAUAAAGAAAAUGAAUACAGAAUAUAUAGUAUUUAUGGCGGUACAGAUCUAAGAAACUAAAUUGAUUAAGUGAGAUAAGGAUGUGAAAUUGUAGUUGGUACACCUGGAAGAAUAUAGGACCUUUUGGAAAGAAAGGUUCUAAAGUUAGAUGAAAUUUAAGUGGUUGUUUUGGAUGAGGCAGAUCAAAUGUUGAAUUUUGGAUUUUAGGAAAAUAUUGAAAAGAUCAUGUCCUAUUUCAAUGAUAGAAAAAUUUAAAUGCUGUUAUUUAGUGCUACAAUACCUGAUUGGGUAAAGGAACUAUCAUAAAAAUAUAUGGAAGCUAAUACUAAACAUAUUAAUUUAAUAAAGAGACAUGAGACUUAAACUUCAACUACAGUUAAACAUUAUGCUCUCUAAUGUGCUAAAAAUCAAUUAACAGGUGCAAUAGGUGAUGUAGUUUCAGUGUAUGGCGGAAGACAUGCAAGAACUAUUAUCUUCUGUGAGACUAAAAGAGAGUGCAAUGAAAUUAUUUUGCAUUCUAAAUUACCAGCUGAAACACAACCAUUACAUGGAGACAUUCCUUAAUAAUAAAGAACAGUGACAUUUGAAGGAUUUAAAAAUGGAAAAUUCAAAUGCUUGGUUGCAACCAAUGUUGCUGCUAGAGGUCUGGAUUUCCCAUAGGUAGAUUUGAUUAUCUAAUGCAAUCCUCCUAAAGAUAUAGAAUCAUAUAUCCACAGAUCAGGUAGAACUGGUAGAGCUGGAAAGGAUGGAAUAUGUAUCACUUUCUAUUCAAAGAAGGAUAUGAGUUUGAUUGAAAGAGUUGAAAGAGUAGCAAAAAUAAAAUUCAUAAAGAUUUCUGCUCCUCAACAUUAAGAUAUUAUCAAAGCAAGCUCAAGAGAUCUAUAAACUAGUUUAUAAGUAGUUAGUAAAGAAAUUGUUGAUUUGUUUUAACCUGUGGCUUAAGAAAUCUUAUCCAGGUGUGAUCCAGUAGAAGCUUUGGCUAGAGCUUUAGCAUGUGUGAGUGGUUACAAGGAUAAACUAUAGAAUAGAUCUAUGUUGGGAUCUUUUGAGGGAUAUAUCACUUAUGUUUUAAGAUCAUCAACUCCAUUCUAGGCUUGCGGUUAUAUUUGGAAAUUCUUAAAGAAUAACUUUUCAGAAUAAAUUUGUAAUAGCAUUAAGGGAAUGAAAAAAUUAAGAAAUGAAAGCGGAAGAAUUCGAAAAUCAAUACUAGGAAAUAUCUCAAAAAUGGAUAUUGCAGAGGAAUUGAAAUUGAAUAAGCUACUAAAUAAUUCUAAUCUCAUCAAAAUUAUCAUUAAUAACCCUACAGUUUAAGUGUCACAAACGGUUAAAAAAGAAUAAGAAAUAUUUAUUGGUGGAUUAGAUUUUAAGAUUACAGAAGAUGAAAUUAAAAAUGAAUUCAAAAAUAGAGGAGUCGAGUUAUUCAAUCUCAGAUUAUUAAGAGGCUAGGAUGGUUAAUCAAAAGGAUCUGCUUUUGGAGUAUGUAGAACUAAAGAAAUGGUAUCAGUGGCAAUCAAAUAAAACGGUACCAAAUUCAGAGGAAGAAAUAUUCGUGUGAAUAUGGCCAAUGAAAAACCUAAAUGA